CAGGCAGGCAAGCGUGGGCCUUCCGCCACGCCUUCCCUCCCUCGGCCUCCCCGCCCAGGCCCUUUUCUGGAAGCGGAGGCCCCGCUGCUCUGUCCUUGUCUCUCUCAUGGCUGGCAACCGCGAGGAAGCGGUGGGAGAACCGCGGCCGGGCGCCUCGCAAGGCCUUCAAGGCGCACCUUUUCCUUCCCCGACGCGGGCCACUUUGGCCCCAUUGGCCGCCGUGUACCAGGCGCUGGGCCGCUUCCCUUCCGUGUCUUCUGCCUGGCUGGCAGCGGGCUUCGUGGGCGGCGGCGGGGCCCAGUACCUCUCCCUGUUCACGGAAUGGUGCCAACCUGAUCUUGAGCGCUGUCAGCUGCUGCAGUUCAGUCGCCAGUAUAUCCUUCAUUAUGAUGGCAAAGCGGUUGUCUCAGUCACUCCUUUUGGUUUACCAGCUGAGAUCCAAAACCAGCUGUUGACCUCAGUGUCACCCACUGGAAAGCAUAAGGCUAUUCUGACUCACCACUUUGAGAAGGGACAGAAACAAGAAGUGCUGGAGGUCUGGAGCAACAGUGGGAAAGUGAGACACAUCAACCUCACGGCUCUGGAUAAACAUGGCAAAGUAUACACAGAUGGGCAUUUUGGAUGUCUUGCUUGGUCUGGCACAGAAAAAAGGAUCUUGUAUGUGGCAGAGAGAAGGCGACAAAAAAAGCAUCCCCUUUUUCCUCAAGAGAGAAAAAUGGAGGAGCCAAGUGAAGCAGGAGAGGAGCAGUUUGUGUACUAUGACAAUUGGGGAGAGGCACUGAGUGACAAGAGCGUCCCAGUCCUGUGUGUGGUGAAUACCGAAACCAGUGAAGUUUCAAUACUGGAUGACAUCCCAGAGUACGUUUCCCCUGGGCAGGCCCUUUGGUCCCCAGACAACAAGAGUAUAGUUUUUGUAGGUUGGUGGCAUGAGCCCUUCAGAUUGGGAUUGAGUGCCUGCUCCAACAGAAGGUCAGCCUUGUUUCUCUUGGAUCUUACUGAAAAGAGCUGUGAACUGCUUUCCUCGGAUGAUAAAGCUGUCUCCUCUCCCCGUCUCAGUCCAGACGGAGCUCGCCUGAUAUACUUGGAGGGACCAGUAUUUGGGCCACAUCGUCAUUGCCUGAAACUAAAGAUGCUCAACUGGCAAACAAAGCACACAUCUAUAGUGGUGGAUGUAGUCAGGACUGCAACAGAUGGUUUUUAUGGAAUUUACCCUGGGGCACUUCCUCUGCUUUGUUGGGCUACUGACAAUAACAGAGUCCUACUUAGCACACCUCAGAGGAGCAGGAAGGAGCUGCUAGUUGUGGAUAUCAAUAUGGGAAGUGUAAAGUCUAUUACAGCAGGAGAGCCAGAAGGUAGCUGGACUCUUCUGGGAAUUCAUCAGGAUCUCCUUCUGGCAAGUUGUUCAUCGCCCAAUUGUCCUCCGAGCCUGAAGGUGGGCAUGCUUCCUAUUACUGGGAAUGAACUUGGACUACAGUGGAUAACUGUGGAGAAAACUUCAGUAUUGUCCAAUAUGGAAUGGCAAAUUCUGGCAGUGCACCCUCCAGUGUCUCAGGAAGGCAGUCCUUACACUGAUCAAACAUUUGAAGCUGUGUUGCUGAGUCCUCAAGUAAGCAAAGAAAGAGAAAAGACCUUUCCGCUUAUUGUUUCCCCACAUGGUGGCCCACAUGCUGUUUUUGAUGCCUGUUGGCAUCCAACCAUGGCAUGUCUCUGCCAGCUGGGCUUUGCUGUGCUCAUGGUGAAUUACAGAGACUCCCUGGGUUUUGGCCAGGCUAGCAUCGACUCACUGAUCUCCCACGUUGGUGUACAAGAUGUGGAAGACACUCAGCUGGCAGUGGAAAUAGCCCUGCAGAUAGGAACUCUGGACCCAAAGAGGAUUGCCCUGUUUGGAGGCUCUCAUGGUGGCUUCAUCUGUUGCCAUUUGAUUGGCCGAUAUCCAGACAUGUACAAAGCCUGUGCAGUCAGAAGCCCUGUCAUCAACAUGGCUACUCUAUUGGGCACCUCUGACAUCCCUGACUGGCGGUAUUCAGCUCUAGGUCUGCCUUACUUCUCUGAUCAGAUUCCCACAGAAGUGGAUCUGGCUACCAUGUUGCUCAGUUCCCCCAUAAUUCAUGCUGCAAAGGUACAAGCACCUGUUUUGCUCUGUGUGGGUGCCAAGGACCGUCGAGUAUCUCCAUGUCAAGCUCUGGAAUAUUAUCGUGUGCUGAGAGCCAGAGGUGUCCCUGUGCGCCUUCUGUGGUAUCCUGAAGAGAAUCAUGUCAUAAGUGGUGUGGAGGCCAAAGCAGAUGUCUUUAUUAAUUGCGCACAGUGGAUUAUGCAUCACCUCUCAGUGGAAGCAGAUACUGGAGGCCAGCAGCUAUCUUAAAAAACCAAAGCCUAACAGUGCUAAAAAAGCAAAUAGUGUAUGAAAAUAUAUAUGCCAUAAAAGGACCCACCCAUGUAAAUGUAGACUUCACACUGCUUCUCUACCUUUUACCUCCAGCAAGCAAACAAGUUGUUAGUUUUUGAUGACUUUUCCAUUUCUAGCAUUAUUGUGACACCAGGUGCAACAGACAGUACAACAGUCUACUCUGAAAUAAAACUGCCUUGAAAGAC